AGCGACCGCCGGCGCGUGACGUCGGGCCCCCUGCGCACACGGACGUACUCGGGGCGGAAGCUUCCGCGUGGUCCUGUCAGUGUCGCAGCGGCUUCAGUCGGGGCGUCAACGGCGGUCGCGUCUUCGAGGUUUGUCAGGAUGGUUGUGCUUUCCAAGGAGUAUGGAUACGUGGUGCUGACUGGUGUCGCCAGCGUGGUCAUGGUCGGACACCUGGCGAUUAAAGUCGGCAAGGCUCGCAAGACGUACAGCGUGCCGUAUCCUCGGAUGUACAGCGAUGACCCGGACACUGGAAACGUUUUCAACUGUAUCCAGCGUGCACACCAGAAUACCCUGGAGUUGUACCCUGCCUUCCUUUUCUGCCUGGCCGUUGGCGGUUUGCAUUGUCCCCGACUAGCCAGUGGACUUGGAGCUGUAUGGAUUAUUAGCAGAGAGGUGUACGCCCACGGGUACUCUACAGGAGAUCCUAAAAAGAGAAUGCGGGGAGCGUUUGGGAACGUGGCCUUGCUCGGGAUGAUUCUGACCACAGUCAACUUUGGCCGCCACCUGUUGGGCUGGACGGGACCACGGAUGGGGCCCUUCCGUCAAGCGCACUGUUGCUAAUCAGCGCAAAGACUUUAGGCUGGGCUCACUUAAUCAUUAUCAUGAUCACGACCAUUCUACAUAAACCAUGUAUCUCGAAGUGUGCGCGCUAACCUCUGAUCAGUGUAACCGCUGAAGCCAGUAGUUCAUUUUGUCAGGUGACCUGACCGGUUCUCCCUAAGGGGAAAUACCUCAUUUAGGAUCAUGGAUGUGGUGUCUUUACAGACUAACACUCCAUCUACAUGUAGGAUCUGUCAGUUUGUCUGGAUGGCCUUUUCCCCUGCUCCCUGAUUUUGAAGAAGGGAAACUUCAGAGGAAAAUUAGCCUCCCGUGCUUGAUGGACAGAAUAUCACCUUACGUUUGCCUUUGGUUAUCUGAAAAAGCCUAAUUUUGUACAUUCAUGAACAAACAAGUCUGGCUAGUCAAAAGUAAUGCUGCUGUUCAGUAAAAAACACUCCAUCAGUCCAAUUAUGAUAAUUAUCUUUUUUAUUUUUCACGAGAUUUUGUUUCUCAUACUGAAAAACGGAUUAUAUUAAAUAUUACACAUUGAUUUUA